GGGCGAGGCGCGCGCAGGGAACGCGAUCGAUCGUAGCCAUGGCCGCCGCCGGAGAGGAGAAACCGUUGCCGGCGGAGGAAAUCCAGGGGAUCAACGACGAGGCGGAGCCGCAUCCCCCGAGUCGUAACAAAGACUUCCUCCACAACGAGGAGUUCCAGCGUGUGAUGCGCGACGUCGUCGUCGGCCCGGAUUACGUUCCCGGAGGAUAUGCGUUGAGGAUUCUCACAGACCCAGCUACUGCGUUCGAAGAGCUCCUAGAGUACUACCGUAAGGCCGGUCUGAUUGAAGGCCAAGUCUGGAAGCGUUAUAACAUCUUCGAGGAGGUGGAGGGGUUGGAUAACUCGCAGGAUGAGAUAAAGAUGGAGGAAGAGCCGAUGAAAGUGGAAGAGGCCGUUCGCUGCCGAGGCAGAGACGCGACCCCUGAUUGCCCCAAUGAGGUGAAGAAACGGCGCUUGAUGGACUCAGAUCGCGAAGCGGUGCCAUGCAACCUCCCUCAGGAGUGCCUCAGCAACUCUUGGUAUGCUGCCGUUUGAGCUGUAUUAACUCGAUAACUGAUGAUUUGUUAUCGAUGAUUGUGACUUCUGUUAGCAUCCACAGAUAAUAUUUUGGUGUAUGCGUCUAUUCCCUAUCGUAUGAUUAUAUUUCCAAAACAAUUUCUUUCUAUACUUACCUAUGUUCCAGACUGACCCAUAAUUUGUACUCUGUUUACAACUGUGGUUUAUUGGGUUCUUGUGUGGAGUAAACUGAUUUCUAGUUCACAAA